AUGACUUUGAUCAUUUUAUGGCAACAUAUAUGGUAACACGCCACCAAAGCUUCUCCGAGUCACAAAUUUAGCCCGUCAUCCUUUACGUGUCGGGUUGCUAUUGGGGCACUCCACGCCAUUUGGUGAUUCGGCUCCAUGAGACGGUUAUAAAUUCUGCAAUUCACGGCGGCAGCUGGUCGUCCACCUCCACCUCCACAGCCCUACAAUAUAACGCACGCCAUAAUUGCACACUGCUCCUUUCCAAACCUGCCGGAAAUUUAAAUUGAAUAAACCUAGCAUUUAUAGACCUUUAAUUUAAGCACUCUCCUCGCAGCUUGGCAAUGACCCCGCACUCACGAGAAGAUGAGUCUCCAGAAGACGACAAGGACGAAGAAGCCAACCGCUUGCUUCAACCCCAAUCUGAAUCCCAGACUUCGUCACUGGACGACGACGAGGCCGCUUAUGAGGCAGGGGAGAAAAUUCUCAUAGUAGAUUUAAACUCUAUCGACGAUAAGGAUUCGACGACGGUGCCAUCUUUCUCGUGGAAGAAGCUAUGGCUAUUCAUGGGACCGGGUUUCUUGAUGAGCAUAGCUUUUCUGGAUCCGGGAAAUCUCGAAGGGGAUCUCCAGUCUGGAGCCAUUGCCGGCUACUCCCUGCUCUGGCUAUUGAUGUGGGCCACCAUCAUGGGUUUGAUGAUCCAGCUUCUUUCCGCAAGGAUCGGGGUGGUCACAGGCCGGCACCUGGCGGAGCUGUGCAGAGACGAAUAUCCUACGUGGGCUAGGUUGGUGCUGUGGUUCAUGGCCGAGCUGGCCUUGAUUGGUGCUGAUAUUCAAGAGGUCAUUGGGAGUGCCAUCGCUAUUCAAAUUCUUAGCCAUGGGGUAUUGCCCCUUUGGGCGGGAGUCGUGAUUACUGCUUCCGAUUGUUUUGUCUUUUUAUUUCUUGAGAAUUAUGGAGUAAGGAAGCUGGAAGCUGUUUUUGCAGUUCUCAUUGGGACAAUGGCCAUUUCUUUUGCCUGGAUGUUUGGUGACACCAAACCUAGUGGAAAAGAACUCUUGAUGGGUAUUUUAGUUCCAAGACUUAGCUCAAAAACAAUACGCCAGGCUGUGGGGGUUGUGGGUUGUGUAAUAAUGCCUCACAACGUGUUCUUGCAUUCUGCUUUGGUUCAGUCAAGGGAAGUUGAUCUCCGUAAGAAAGGCCAGGUGCAGGAGGCUCUUAAAUACUAUACCAUUGAGUCAACAGUUGCUCUUUCAGUCUCCUUCAUCAUUAACCUAUUUGUCACAACAGUUUUUGCUAAGGGGUUUUACGGUUCAAAGCAGGCCAAUAGCAUAGGAUUGGUUAAUGCAGGGCAGUAUCUUCAGGAAAAGUAUGGAGGAGGGCUCUUCCCAAUUCUUUAUAUAUGGGGUAUUGGGUUAUUGGCAGCUGGACAGAGUAGCACCAUUACUGGCACAUAUGCUGGGCAGUUCAUUAUGGGAGGUUUUCUCAACCUUCGGCUAAAGAAAUGGUUAAGGGCAUUAAUCACUCGAAGUUGUGCAAUUCUGCCAACUAUGGUUGUUGCUAUUAUUUUUAAUACAUCCGAAGCAUCAUUGGACAUUCUGAAUGAGUGGCUGAAUGUGCUUCAGUCAAUGCAAAUUCCGUUUGCACUUAUCCCUCUGCUCACCUUGGUCUCUAAAGAGCAGGUCAUGGGGACCUUUAGGAUUGGACUUGUUCUUGAGAGGGUAGCGUGGACUAUUGCUGCGCUGAUAAUGGUGAUCAAUGGCUAUCUAUUGUUAGAUUUCUUCCUUUCGGAAGUGAACGGUCUGCUGUUUGGUUUUGUAGUAUGCUCCUGCACAGCUGCUUAUGUAGCAUUCAUUGUAUAUUUGAUUUCCCUAAGUGGUGCUCUUCCUUUUUCUUGGGUUACUCUACUUGCCAAGAGAUUUCCUUUUUCUGAGAUUUGAGUCAAAUUCAUGCGUCAUGAAAGAGACUGGAAAGAACUAUUGCUGCAAACUCCUUCUAGACAAUCUUACAUGUGGACUUUUGCUUUUUACAUCAAGAAGAAUGCUUUGCAGUGUCUCCAGCCUUGGCACACGCACCAAGGGGAGCACGAGGUUGGACAAUUGAGAACAUUUUAGUCAACCGGACUUAACAUUUUUUCAAGAGAGUUGCGCCGGUUACCUUCCAUGUUGACAAGAUGAGAAUAUCCUUUUCCUUGGAAGAUGUGGACUGUGCAGCAUUACAGCAUUGCAUGACUUAUUCUUUUCAUACAACAUGUAAACUGCUUCAAUAUUCUUUGAUGUAGACAAAUUGUAUGUAACAGUCAAAACAAUGAUUUCAAGAGGGGACAGAGUAGAUUUUCCAAGCCGAGGGUGGCUGGGGAGAGCACAGAGAUCAGUUGUAGGGGUUAGACGAUAUUCAACAAGGAGUAGGUUGCUUUGAUUUUGUCUAAAUUACUGUUGGUCAUAA